UGCCCGACAUGGCGAGUGCUGUGCUGCCGAGCGGAUCCCAGUGUGCGGCGGCAGCGGCUGUGGCGGCGGCGGCGGCGCCUCCUGGGCUCCGGCUCCGGCUCCUGCUGUUGCUCCUCUCGGCCGCGGCACUGAUCCCCACAGGUGAUGGACAGAAUUUGUUUACAAAAGAUGUGACAGUGAUCGAGGGAGAAGUUGCAACCAUCAGCUGCCAAGUGAAUAAGAGUGACGACUCUGUGAUUCAACUCCUCAAUCCCAACAGGCAGACCAUUUAUUUCAGAGACUUCAGACCUUUGAAGGACAGCAGGUUUCAGUUGCUGAACUUUUCUAGCAGCGAACUCAAAGUGUCUCUGACAAACGUCUCGGUUUCGGACGAAGGGAGGUACUUCUGUCAACUCUACACUGACCCCCCACAGGAAAGCUACACCACCAUCACAGUUCUGGUCCCUCCACGUAACCUGAUGAUCGAUAUCCAGAAAGACACUGCAGUCGAAGGCGAAGAGAUUGAAGUCAACUGUACUGCCAUGGCCAGCAAACCAGCCACCACUAUCAGAUGGUUCAAAGGGAACAAGGAGCUCAAAGGCAAGUCAGAGGUGGAAGAGUGGUCGGACAUGUACACUGUGACCAGUCAGCUGACGCUAAAGGUGCACAAGGAGGAUGAUGGGGUCCCAGUGAUCUGCCAGGUGGAGCACCCUGCCGUCGCUGGGAACUUGCAGACGCAGCGCUAUCUGGAAGUGCAGUAUAAGCCUCAAGUGCACAUUCAGAUGACUUACCCGCUACAAGGCCUAACCCGGGAAGGGGAUGCGCUUGAGUUGACAUGUGAAGCCAUCGGAAAGCCCCAGCCCAUGAUGGUUACUUGGGUGAGAGUCGAUGAUGAAAUGCCUCAACAUGCUGUACUAUCUGGGUCCAACCUGUUCAUCAAUAACCUAAACAAAACAGAUAAUGGCACGUACCGCUGUGAGGCUUCCAACAUAGUGGGGAAAGCUCAUUCGGAUUAUAUGCUGUAUGUAUACGAUCCCCCCACAACUAUCCCUCCUCCCACAACAACCACCACCACUACCACCACCACCACCACCAUCCUUACCAUCAUCACAGACACCACGGCGACGACAGAGCCAGCAGUUCACGGCCUUACUCAGUUGCCCAAUUCCGCAGAAGAACUGGACAGUGAGGACCUCUCAGACUCCCGAGCGGGUGAAGAGGGCGCAAUAAGAGCGGUGGACCACGCGGUGAUUGGCGGCGUCGUGGCCGUGGUGGUGUUCGCCAUGCUAUGCUUGCUCAUCAUUCUAGGCCGCUAUUUUGCCAGACAUAAAGGCCUGUUUUCUCUAACCUCCUCUCCCAGAAUAAAGUGAUGGGGGCAGCUAUAGUGUUGCAAUUAGGAGCAUGAAUCUUUUAUCGUUUGGACAAGGAAGGGAAAAUGCCAUUACUGUCAACUGAAAUGUCCUACUUGGGUUUUUGCUCCUACUUCGCUGCCAAAGCCCAUUGCUGCUGCUGAAAGUGUAUAGCAUUCACAGCUGUUCUUGAUGGCUUGAUUCUUAACAGCCAGAAAUGUAGCCCGGGAGAUGCUUAAGACAGCUUAUGGAAAAUAAUAGAUUUCCUUACAGAGACACCAAUGCAUCGAGAAGGGCCUGGAGUCACAUUAGAGCCAACUAAGAUCACCAGUUCUCUCCCUUUCCGGCUUCAGUCAUAAAGCCUCUUGCAAAAACACGCAGGCCCUCUUGAAUUCUCUGUUUUCCUGGUUGGUUUCUAUGAGCACCCUCAAGUCUCUGGCUCUGGAGCCCUUGGUCUUGGCACUCACCCACAGCAGCAUGAGAUCCGAGAAGCAGAGCCUUCAGAUGCUGACAGAGAAGAUGGAACCAUUCCGUGUGGAGAAGAACUCCCAGGAAAGCCAGCCGAGGCAAGCUGCAACCAGGUCCACCAGACUGGGUGCUCCAGAGGCAGACGGCUAUGGUGGAGGCCACCACUGCCAUUCCAGCAUGUGGGUGGCCCCCUUCCCCGUGUGGCCGUCGGGAAGGCCCAGAAGUCAUUGUAGGUAGCUCUGCUCCCUUAGGCUUGCAGCCCCGCCGUUGUGCCCAGACUCGCAGCCCACCCUUAGUUAGCAGCCUGCGGGAAGGACACUCCUUUGGCCAGUCCAGAAGGGAGUGGCUUCUCGCUCACAAAUACUGGGAAAGCUGCGAGGACAGAAACACCUUCAGGCUCGCGGCUUUCAGACUGUUCAUACCAACGCACAGAAAAGCCAUGUGCCUCUCCCAUCGUGCCUGGAAGGAAAGGUAGAGGGCGUGGCCGGCGGGCACCGGCAGAUCUCUCUCCCUUUCACGCUAGAUGCAAGCCAUAAGCACCCUUAGCCCAGUGCCACCACUCCCCCGCUGUUUUAUUCUCAGCUUCUCCUAAAUGGAAACCAUUAAUCAUACUAAAUUGUGCAAUGAUUCCACGAUAGAGAGAAUGCUGAUGGCAGAAAUCAUUCUCCUUUGUUGUGCCAGGCAGGCGCAAGGCAGAAGGAUCGGCCUGUCUUUUGCGAGGGCCUGGCUCCUUGCAAAUGCUGACCGUGUGUUUGCCCAGGCAGCUGCCUCUAUGCGCACAGCUUAUUUUAGCAUCAGUCUAAGGCACCCCAACUGUUGACAGAAAACAAGGCACCCAGCCACCCUGUCUUCAUUCUGAAGACUGUCAGGAAGACUUGUAUCUCUCCGUAAGCACCCCCUGAAGUCUUUCCCAACUGGGGUGGGACUCAUGCAAAACCCAAGGUGGUCACAGAUAGGGGUGAGCUGAGAAGGUGAGCAGUACUUCUGCCAGCUGAAUUGCAGAAGCAGCCAGGUGUGGGCACCAAGGAGGCUUUUUGGCUUUUCAGAAUCUGAUGUCUGCUUCACUCUCGACAAGCCUCUUUGUAAGCCACCCCCUUCUGAAUUAGAAUCAUUUUCCACAAGCUCUUAAGCGAUGAUUAAUGCCACGGCUGUUUUUAACAAUCAUCCUGCCAGUCUUAAGCUGUAGUCAUUUUCAAUAAUUUGGAGUGCUCAAAGGCAAGCCAGGAGUUUGUUGACAACAAAACCCAUAAGAGCACAGCCAGGCAGCCACAAAAGAUGGAAAAGCAGAGGGACCAUUUGGGCUUAGCUGGCUCUCUGCUCCCAGAGUUUCACCACUAAAAGUUUGAUUGAACGCUCAGAAUGCAUUAAGGAUCCAACUGUGAACAUGGCUCGGCAAGAGGGCUGCCGGCCUGGCUUUUGUGGGAACAAAUGAGUAGCGUGUGUGGAGGCUUCCUGGUUUAUUUAUGGACAUGUGUGGUUCAUUCAUGCAGUCCCUGAACCAAAGCACCUCGUUUGUCUUCCCCCUGCCAACCUUGAAGACUGAGAAAGAAAUGCAUUUCCUUUUGCUUUGUAGUUGUUUUGCAACCUCACGAAUGCCAACCAAAUCUCUUGGCCAGGAUUUGGGAGUCCUGCUCCAUGAUAGCCUCUGAUUGUUCCCCAGCCAUGUAUAUGAAACUAGCCCUGUCUUUUUCAUCUUGGUAAAUUCAUGUGAGUUUCCAUCUGUUUGAAAAGCUCAAACCAAAGGAAGCUGUGGCUUGUGAUGUCUCUGAUCUCAGAUUUCCUUAGACUGGACUUCAGUGACACAUUUCUAGUGCAUUACUUCCUCUGGUAGGAAAGGGUUAUCUCUGGGUGACUGGAUUGUAACCCUAGGAGUUGGGUGAGAUUGAUAGUUACAUCCAAUUCAACACUCACCACACUAGCUGUCACACUGGGUGUGUGGCUAGCCAGGGAGAAUGGACUCCUGGUAGAGCUAAGGGCUUUCAUUCACUGACUUACAAUAAACGCCCUUUGACCAUGAAUCACAGCAGGAUCCUGGGUCUUUCUCCUAACCCAGCCCGAAAGUAUCCACCAUGCACCCGUUCUCCACACUGAGCCCCGUUCUUCUGGGUAAACUGAUUUCUCGCAGGCAGCCUCUAGAGCUGCUACAAAAGAUAUCCUAAGAGGGGUUUCUUGGCAACUUUUCAAGGAGCUCCCCCACACAUCCUACUGCUGGCAUCUUGCCAGGGUGCCUGCUUAAGGGUCUUGAAGCUUUGGGACAAUAAACUUUUUCCCAUAUGUACUCCUUUCUUACCACCACGGGCCCCCAAACUAGAAACUUCAGCCUCACUUCUCAUUCUCCCCUCUCACUGCCAGUAGUUACCACUUCCUGUCCACUGCCCCCCAAGUAUCUCAAACUUAAUCCAAACAUGUCAUUUGCAUGUCACCGGCCUAGUCUAGGCCUCUAAUCUUCAAUAAAAAGAUGGUCAGCUUGUUCAUGGUUUCACAUCCCACUUCCCCAGCCCCAUUGCUACACUUAACCUUACCUGCGCUUGGUCCCUUCCUUGCUCAGGAAACGCUCUUGCUUGACUAGGGGCUGCUGCAGAAUCAACCCAAGUGCUCACAGCCUGCCUUCAACUCAGUCUGGCCUUCAGUCCCACCCCGUGACACCACCUACAUGCUCUCCCCUGACCUAUGCACCUAAACCCUACGUUAACAUUAUUCCCACCUCUGUGCCUUGGAAUAUUGGGAGGUGGGUGUCCUUGAGGCUAUUUCCUUGCACUUGCUCAACCUCUCAUACCUGAAUCUACAUCCUUUCUGUCUCCCUCAGUAAAACAGUAAAAUUCCUUGAAAGUUACUAAAUUCAAUGCAGCUCUGCAUCUCCAAAGCCAAGUGCAGUAUCUAGCCCUGUCUCAAUAAAUUAUUGAAUCAGAUUCCUUUUUACUCCAUCUGUGAUUGGAUCGGUCUUUCAUCUGUCUCUCUCUUUCCUAGAAAUAGCUGGGAAAGGCCUGUUCCCUUUCCUCUGUUUAACCAGUAAUUCUGAAGUUUCUUGUCACAUUUGUGCUGGUCUGGUUUUGGUUUUGUUUCUUCCUGUCACAGUCAACAUGGUCCCCCCACCCUGCCCUGCUUUUUAUUUUAUCUAUUAAAGGUCUUAAGUCCAAUGCCUACAUUCUAUCUCCAGGGCUGAUGAACAUAGUUGAGAUCUGAACAAAAUAAAUAAUAAAUAGGAGCUCCAAAAUGCAAAGAUAAGAAAGCUGUCCAAUCAGAUGUAUUAAAUGUUUUAUAAGAUAUUUAUAAAACAAAAACAGUGUCCAUCAACCAAUGAGCUACACAAAACCAGUAAGCUAAACUGGCUAUCAGUUAUGUGGGGUUACAUGUUUUCUGACACCGUUUGAACUUCAGUCGGUAGAAGGUCUAAGCUCUGCAAAGGUUUCAAAGUAGGCCUGUCUUUUCUCUCUCUUUCUCUCUCUCUCUUUCUCUCUCUCUCUCCCCUCAACUCCUUUCCCCACCUAUCUGUUGUUUUCCUUCUUCUUUCCUCCUCUCUUCCUUUUGUCCUCUCUACUGCAUCUUGUGCCCCCUAACUCUGAGCAGAUACACCAUAAGUGAGCAGUGGCUCCCCUUUGCAAGGAUCAAACCCAUACACCUUGGGGCUCAGCAUGGAAACCCAGCUGCCCAGAAUGUGCACAGAACACUUCAGACAUUCAUCAGCAAUGGUUCUCCUAAGUUUGGCAAGGGCGGUCCAUAGCUGGAUCUGACCUUCUGUAGAGCAAGUUGUCAAGAUGGACACCUUGGGCAUUGAGGGCAGGCUUUUCUGCCCUGCUGCUGUUUCCAGGUUUGGGGUUUUAUUUGGUGUGGGGAUGACAUGGUGGGGGAGGCUGGUGGUGAUGAACUAUGAUUCCAGGAGUAGCCAGUAUUCAUGAGUAGGGUUUCCAGCUGUGCAUCUGAUUCAGCCCAUGACCUUGGGCAGGAUCUGCCUUCCUGGACCUCACUCUCUGUCUCUAAAGAGCCUCAAUUGUAAUUUCCAGUUAUUUGUUUGUAAAGUGCUUUGAUUUCUCCAAUUCAAGGCACCGGUGAAGAGCAAACAUCCCACUGUUGUGGUAGGACAUUUAAAACUCCAAAUAAAAUGCACUGCUUGCUCUUGCAAUGGAAAUUAAAACACUGUAAUAACUGAUGACAAAUAUUCCACUGUUGCUUCAUGGUGUCCUUGCCAUCUUGAGACCAUCCAAUUUUUUCCCCUUUUUAAAAAAAGUAAAUAAAGGCUGUCUUGUGAAGAAUGUCUUUCCAUUUGGUAAA